AUCGUCAUAGGAUGUUCCUACUGCUUUGGUAUUAUAUUUCCUUUUCUUCUCGUUGAGUUUAACGAAGGAAAAUCAAAUACUGGUGAGUAGUAUACGAUCAGCUUUCCUGAACGCUUUCUCCUCCGAUACACAAGAGUCAUAUGGAGGAAAAACGCGCCCCGAAGCUGGAAAGGACGAAAGUUGAACCACUACAAUUAAAAAAGGCCUAAGCUGAUGCGGAGAGGGAAGCUGUUCCUUAUAAAUGAGGCUCAUUGGCUCUAAUAAGGCUAAUCUUGAAUCCUUUAUAAGUAGUUAAAGAUUGGGAACCGCGAUAGAUAGAUGCAUAGCCAGUGCUCCUCGAGCGUGGGACUGGGUAUCAGGAAACCAUAAAGCGCUCUGCAUGGGUAGGAUCCUUAGCGAUGGCAGCUGCUGGCCUCUUCGGUCCUGUUGCUGGAAGACUGACAGAUUGUUUUGGCGCACGCGCAGUGGUUAUUUGUGGAUCACUGAUUAGCGCAACUGGACUCAUGCUGACGUCAAUAGUUCCCAAUCUUAAUCUUAUGCUUCUGACGUACGGUGGAAUAGCUGGAUUUGGUUCAAGCCUUAUUUACAUUUCAGUCUUCGAGAUCGUGCCUCGAUACUUUAUCAAACAUCGUUCGCUGGCCACAGGACUGAUAACAAUGAGCACAGGGGCUUCAUUAGUUGUUAUGAGCCCUGUAUGUCAGGCACUUGUUGAUGCAUUCGGUUGGAGGGGUGCAUUUAGAGGCAUGAGUUGUCUUGUGUCGAUAAUUUUUUUCCUUGCUUGGAGCUUGGAUCCUAAUGUUGCUAAUGAAGAACCCGAAGUAACAGUUAAAGAAACUCAACUAUCUAAACCGCAGCAAACAUGUAGAAUUCUGGAUUUUUCGAUGUGGGAAAAUGUUACAUUCGUAGUGCUUAAUAUUACAAGCUUUUUCGUCUUCAUUGGCCAUACCAUCCCUUCAGUCCAUUUUGGCAGGUACAGUGAGGAUCUCGGUGUCAGCAAAGAUUUAAUCACGUGGCUUUACUCUUGCAUUGGACUUGCAUCUCUACUAGCCAGAUCACUGGGCUCAAAGCUUUCUGACAUCAUCGGCCCCCAUAAAGUGCUGCUCGUAUUUGGAACAGUCGAUGCGGUUGCUGUUUCUGUUUUGUUGCCUUUAGCAACUAACUGGACGUGGCUACUUUGUUUUUCUAUAGUUUAUGGCCUAGCUGAUGGUCUGAUAGCCAUUGGAUCAGUUUUUUCAUCCUUGGAAACUCUGACACAGAGACAGAAAGCUCAGGGAUUUGGCUUUUUUCAAUCGUGUGUUUGUGUAGCGCUUUUGUUUGGUGCACCAAUUGGAGGUUUGGUGGCUGACAAGACCAACUCUUAUCCUACAGCUUUCUUGUGUGCGGGUGGAAUCGAGGCUGUAGGAGUGUUGAUUUUACUUCUAUUUAUUUGUAUGAGGAGAGUCGAACUCUCGGCGCAGAUGAAAAUCCAGACUGACUCAGAGAACUCAUCUUUAACUGAACUGCUAGUGAUAGAAAAGGAAACUGUGUUGUAACCAUAUCAAUACCAACAACUACUUUCAUUACACGUGUGCGUGUUCAGUCAUAUUUACUAUGAAGUUUAUAUUUAGGACUUUUUUCCAAUUUUUUUUUGUUUACAAUCAAUUACGUGGCUACAAUUUUUA